GUCAUCAUUCAUACACAUACAUACAGACACAUUGCUACUCCACCUUUUCUCUUGCCUCCUUCCCUCACAGCCUGUCAAGCCUUAAUUAUUAAAUUCAUGAUUACAGUUUCAAGUUUGAGCUGGUUGCUUUGUUGUUUCUUAGUAAAGGGUUGAAUGGUUCUCAUCUGCCAGGAGAUUUGCUGCUGUCUAUGAGCUUUCUCAGGAUUCUCCAGGUGGUGCACUGUUUUGGAUUGAUCCGUCCUUUGCCUCGAAAAUGAUUCAAGGAAAAUCAUGAAACAAUUGGCCACUUGUAAUAUUAGUAUUAGUCUUUAUUUCUAAGGCUCACUCAUGGGUAUAAAUGCUGGCAUGAGGGAAGACGAUGUUCAAUGACUUUCAUCACAGAAACCAGCAAUUUUGGUACUACUUGUUACAGGUAUGGGAACCAAAAUUGAAUAUUCCAUAAAUCUUCUAGCAACCUUAGUAGACAGCAACAACCUAUCUGUUGGUGGAGUGCAUGUCUGGGAGCAUUAUCAGAGCAACCAUCAAAGGACUGGAAUCUAUAAAUUACGAGAUCCCAUGGAUAGGAUGCUUGACAGAAACAAUAAAGAAUCCAUCAAAAAGACAAUGCAGAAGCAUGAGGACAUCUUCAAACACCAGGUAAGAGAACUACACCGGGUAUACAGUGUGCAAAAGAUGCUGAUGGAUGAGCUCAAAAAUGAAAUUAGACCACAUAAAUUUUGGAACCCCAUAAAUGAUAUAGAUGUAAGCUAUCCACAUUCCACUGAGCAGCAACAUCAAACAACACAGAUUUCAUACGGCUCUGAUUUCCAUGUAAAAAAUUUGAGAGAGGAUCUAGGCUCCAGAGAAAGGAGUGGAAGCUUCUCUGGAGACAUCAUCAAAAUGCAAAGAGGUUUUGAUCUUGAAAGGCCUGCUGAGGGAGACACUUUCACUGUAGCGCGUGGCUUUUAUGAAGGUGAGGCGGGGCCUAGUUCCCGCACAGCAUUUCAGAGUUGUAAAAUAAGCACUAGUGGUGGCUUUGAUGAAGAAAUGGAAGUGGAUUUGACACUAAGUAUAGGAGGUAGCCAAGUUAAGAACUCUCAUAUACCUCAAUUAUCAUGUUCAAACUCAACCAAUGAGAAAUCAGAUAGAGUAGUAGAAUGCAAUGACCCCACCACCCCAAUGACCAGCUCCACUGUGACAUUUACUCAGGAAAGAAAGGGGCCACAUUGGCUUUCUCAAAGUCUAAAGCUUAAAUAGCAGCAUGACUUGUUUGUUUGUAUCCUUUCAACUCUUACAUGGACCACCGAAUUUAUAUGGUUCAUGCAUUCAGAUUCCUAUAUUAGUUUCUACUUUAUUCCAAUAAACAAUUAACUUCU